CUCUCUCCCCACUUCCUCUCCCUCAUCUCAUUGUUUCAGAAUAGGCCAAAUCUGAAGGCCUUCCAAGGGCGUGGCUGUGUUCAUCUCAUUUCCCAGCCCAAGUGGAACAGCGGAAAAGCGUGAGAAGGACAGACACAUUCAGCAGCCAGAGGACACGGUGGACAGAGCGGAGCACUUGUAGACAAUAUGCCGUCCUUCGGGCCCAAGGCGCUGCUGCUUGUCGUGGCACUCCUCCUUCCCUCUGGCUGGCUACCCCUAGGGGUCCAUGGUCAACGAGGAGAUGAUGUGAUCGAAUCAUUCACAGACGACCCUAACCUGGUGGACGACCCUUCUACCGACGAAACAGUUCUGGCUGAUAUCACACCUUCCACAGAUGACCUGGCCUCAGCCGGUGACAGGAAUGCUACAGCAGAGUGCCGGGAUGAGAAAUUUGCAUGUACGAGACUGUACUCUGUCCAUCGGCCAGUAAAGCAGUGCGUUCAUCAGGUCUGUUUCACCAGUUUACGGCGCAUGUACAUCAUCAACAAUGAGAUCUGUUCCCGACUUGUCUGUAAAGAACACGAAGCUAUGAAAGAUGAGCUUUGCCGGCAGCUGGCAGGCCUGCCUCCAAGACGACUCCGUCGCUCCAGCUACUUCCGACUUCCUCCCUGUGAAAACAUGAGUUUGCAGAGACCCAAUGGCCUGUGAUCAUCAAGGAAGAAAGUAUGGGUGAGAGGAAUCAGACAUUCCUUCUCCUCCACCCAACGUCAUCUGUCCCGUAGACAUGUAUUUCUUAAACUAAGCCCUUUGCCCUUUGCAAUGUCCAGACUUUGACCCUGCUCUCUACUUUCCACUGGCACCAGCAACUUCGUCUCAUUUUGCAGUACUGGCAAUACAGUGUCUAUAUUG